AUGGCAACAGUCAGUGGGUCAGAAACAUUUUUACCUCUUGCCCUGAUGGAUAAGUGUAUAGGCAGCAAAAUAUGGGUUAUGCUGAAGGGUGACAAAGAAAUAGUUGGAAAGCUGGUCGGAUUUGAUGAAUAUGUUAAUAUGGUACUAGAAGAUGUUACGGAGUACACUUACGUAAACAACGUUAAAAAGGUGAAUAAAAUAAAAAAGUUGCUGCUGAACGGAUUGAACAUAACAAUAAUGGUCCCAGGAGGUGUCCCAGUUAAUUACUACGAUUAUGAAGAAAAGCUCGAGGAAAACAUCGCAUGA